UAUAGACUUGAAACGCUGAAUGACUGGAAGCAAGAUGACUACGAAACCACCAUCUACAGACGCAUUGCUACCAUUUUCGACUUUAUGUUUCGUGACAUGCACGUCAAGUUAGCCGAGGAUACCAAAGACUUGGAAUUAUCAAGUAACGAGUUUAAGGAGCCCUCUGUUACGACUUCUAAUGUCAUCACCCAACAGUGCAAAAAUCUUCGUGUCAACGAUGCUAUCCUCAAUCACCUCCAUGGACUGAACAAGAAGAUCGAUCCCCUCCUCGCAAUGGACUGGAUAGAUAACACCGGCUAUAUCUAUUGUUUAGUUGCUCAUCAUGGUGUAUAUGUUGCUAAGUUUAUUGAUAUCCUGACAAUCCCUACCUCUGUAAAUGGCUUGCUUGAAUUUAAGAAUACUCUGCAGCUUCUCUUUGCUUAUAAGGUGUUCACUUACCCCUUCCCCCAAAAAAGGAGUCAUUGA